UGAAAGCAGCUCGGAGACAUGAACUCCGCACCUUCUGUGAAAUCAUAGGAGUAACGUAUAGGAGCAGAGAACAUCGUAACAGCUUAAUAAACAGUUUACGCUACGUGUCAGAGCUGCCUUCCUCCGUCCCAGGGAGACAAAGCUGUCCCUGAUGUCUUUGCAGGACAGUUGAGAGAGACAACGCGGCCCAAAGGAGAGAUGGGGGAGUGGGGAUUCCUGAGUUCACUCCUGGAUGCUGUCCAGGAGCAUUCUCCCAUGGUGGGCCGUUUUUGGCUUGUGGUCAUGUUGAUCUUCCGCAUACUGAUUUUAGCUACAGUGGGCAGCGACAUGUUUGAAGAUGAACAGGAGGAGUUUGUGUGCAACACUUUACAGCCGGGUUGCCGGCAAGUAUGUUAUGAUCGAGCCUUCCCGAUCUCGCACUACCGAUUUUGGGUAUUCCAUAUUGUUUUGCUAUCUGCACCAGCUGUACUUUUUGUUAUAUAUUCAAUGCACCAAAGUGCCAAGAUGGAGAGAGAUUUAGAAGAAGAAGAGACAGCACGAAGUGGGCAACAAGGUAAUGGCCCACCAAAAAUUAGAACAGAGAAUCGUGGUCGUCAUAUACGCACUUUUUACAUAGUCAAUGUGGUGAUGAGGAUUUUGGCAGAGGUGGGCUUUCUUGUGGGACAAUGGCUUCUCUAUGGUUUUAAGGUGGAGCCACAAUACCUUUGUCAACGAUCGCCCUGUACGCAUACAGUGGACUGUUUUGUGUCCAGGCCUACUGAAAAGACUAUUUUCCUGCAGUUCUACUUUGUGGUCGGGGUAAUUUCUGCAGUUCUAAGUAUAUCAGAACUUCUGCACAUCCUGUUGAAGAGAAAGUGCAGGUCCAGGGGAAUGGAAGGACCCAGUCCUCCACCUGCUUAUGAGAGAGACAAUUGGUCAAACAGAGAACAUGAGAGGACAAACCACCUCUUGCUGCAAGGUCAGACAAAAGGUGAUGGGAAGACAAAUGGACCUGGUGGACACAGGCUUUCCAUCCCGUACCCUCAGGACAACACGUACAAAAUAAAAGUAGCUCCUAGUUCAGCCCAUAGCAGCAAAUCAUCUCGGAUGAUCGUCAAAGCAGACUUAACAGUGUAAAGUGAAGGUGGCAAAAUGGAAACAGGAUGUUUUUGUUACUUUCCCUGCAGACCAUGUCUUUUUGUGUCCAGUGGUCUGGGAGACAUAUGUAACGACUGCAACUAUGGUGGUCUAACACAAAGGAGACUUGAAGAACAUAAUGCCCAAUGUCUGGAGAAAAGUUGUCUUGCUAUUCCUUAAGUUUUCUAAUGUUUCUUAGAAAAUACCAUUAUUGACACUUGUCAGAGAAUUCCAUUGAUAUUUUAAGAUUUAUGCAUUUGGUAUUAUUAUUGUAGCAUUCUAGUUGUUAUGCAAAAUGACCGUGUUAAAUUGUCUCCAAACUAAAGGGCCAUCUCCAGGUUACAGUUUUGAUCACUAAAGUCUGGAUACUCAGUUCUUAAUAGAAAAGCUCAUUUUUUUUAUAAAACAGGCACAGGUCGUCAACAUCUAAUUGUAAGCUCUUUGGCCAUAGCAAAAGCCUUCCUAUUAUUCCUUGUUUUAUUUUGUUUAUGAAUAAUUGAAGGAAAUCACAAGUGGAUUUAUUUUCCAAGAAGUUCUGUAGGACAUUGCCCUUACCAUAUUCUGUGUUACCUAUGUGUCAAGAAAGAAAACUUCAAGUAUGAUAGGUGUGUAAAGGCACUCCAAAUGAUCUCUGAUAGGUAGAUUCAGGAACCCAACAGACAUGCUACAGGCCUAGGAAAUUGAAUCUAAAAUGAACAUAUAUACCUUCAGCUUUGAAAGAGUUCUUAGAAACAUUACAUAGAAAGUUAAUCACAUUUUUCACUGACACUGCAAUAUUAAACUUUAAAAUAUAUAUAUAUAUGUUUUUUAAAGUUUACGUUUCCUUUAAACCUGGCGUUAUCAAGGAAUGCAAUUAGCAUUUAUGAUUGUUUUGAAUUAACAUGUAACAAACGACUUUAUUUUUUUUUUGUCUUUAGAGUAGUUUGCAACUGGGAAUAAUCUCAGGAAAGGUGCAUUAAAUGCAAUAAAGUAUCACUAUAAAAUGGUUUAUUUUAAAAUGUCAAGCCUCCUUUGAGUGUUACGGAUAUAGGGUGACAGUAGGCUAAAGGAUAAGGGAACUUGCAAAUUGCACUGAUAGUCAUCGGAGACAGUCUACAUAACCUUGAAAUCAGGGGGCCCCCUACCUGUAAAACUCCCUCUAACUGUAACAAGUUCCAGCUGUACCUGUGUCUAAGGACACUCUCCUGUAUAUGCAGCACUCAAUGACGCCACGUCCUAUGUUGAAAAAUUUGGGAUUUUUUUUUUGUUUGUCUCCCCAUCACAUUGCCCUUCAAAUGAUGUGCAGGACUAAUCUUCAGGUUACAGGUUUGACCACUAAAGUCUGAAUACUCCGUUCUUUUUAUAAAACAGGGACAGAUUGUCAACAUUGAAUUGUAAGCUCUUCGGCCUAGCAAAAGCCUUCCUAUUAUUCCAUUGUAUAAACUCUUCCCAGUAUAUUGGACAAUCAUAGCAAUACUAUUAUGUGACAUUUAACUAAGUAAAUAUGCACUAAAAUCAGGGAUAGGCAACCUUCGGCACUCUAGAUGUUGAGGACUACAUCUCCCAUAAUGCUUUACUAGUAAGAGCAUUAUGAGAGAUAUAGUCCACAGCAUCUGGAGUGCCAUAGGUUAUCUACCCCUGCACUAAAUGGAUACGAAGUACCACUUUAAAAGUAUUUGUUUUAAUAAAUGUAUCUGUAAAUAUUGUAUCAAUUGUUUUAUAAUGGGGUCCAAGGAUUGAUGUACAUGGAUUGACAUACGUCCCACCGUAUCCCUAACGUGAUAUGAUGAUCGUGAAUUUGAAAUGACAACUUGAAACUGAGGAUCUGGGGGAAUUAAAAGCAUCUAUUUGUAAAAUAGAAAGAACAACCAA